UCCAUCCUACCCAAUUACACUCCCUGGACCAAUUUACCUCUAAACUGUAAGUCUUCAAAAUGUGAGGGAAAACCAGAGCACCCAGAGGAAACCCACACAGUCAUGGGGAGAAUGUACAAACUCCUUACAGACAGUAGCAGGAAUUGAACCCAGGUCUAUGUUAACCGCUGUGCUACUUUGCCACCCAAAAUGUGUGUGCCUUGGUCGGGCAACAACAACAACAUAAUCAGAAUAUUAUUUGUCCCUUUAUAUUCUUUCAUUUCCAGUCCUGUCCAUCUAUAGAAGUUUGUCAAAGUUUUAGAUGUCAUACCAAAUCUUCACAAAGUCCUAAGAAAGUAGAGGUGCUGCUGUGCUUUGUUUAUAAUUGCUCGUAUGUGUUAGGCCCAGGAAAAGUCCUCAAAAAUAAUUAUACCGAGGAAUUUACCUCUGAUGAGGACGGGCUGAUAGACCUCUGGUUUCUUCCUCCUGAAGUCAAUAAUCAGUUCCUUGGUCUUGCUGACACUGAGUGAGAGGUUGUUGUCGUUGUGGCACCACUCAGCCAGGUUUUCAAUCUCCUUCCUAUAUCCUGAUUUGUCACCACCUUCGAUUCAGCCAAUGACAGUGGUGUCAGCAAACUUGCAUGGGGCAUUGGAGUUGUGCUUAGCCACACAGUGUAGAGUGAGUAGAGCAGGGGGUUAUGCACAGAGCCCUGUGGGGUUCCCAUGCUGUUGGAGAUUGUGGAGGAUAUGUUAAUGCUAAUCUGAAGACCCAAUUACACAAGGAGGUGUUGAGGCAAAGUUCUUGAAGCUUAUUGAUUAGUUUUGAGGGGAUGAUAGUAUUGAAUGUGAAGUUGUAGUCGAUAAGGAGCUCCCUGAUAUAUGCACCUCAGCUGUCCAGACGUUCCAGGGUUGAGUGAAGAGUCAAUGAGAUGGCAAAUUGGAGAGGAGUUGAGAUGCUUCAAAGCUGGGAUGUAAGUGCUACUGAAUGAUAGUCAUUGAGGUAGGUUAUCAUGUCCUUCUUAGGCACCGGUAUAAUUGAAGCCUGCUUGAAGUGGGUUGGUAUCUCAGACUGCUGAAGCGAGCGGUUAAAGAUCUCAGUAAACACUCCAGCCAGUGGAUCAGCACAGGCCAACUUACAGAUGCUAAUAAAAUAAUGAGCGGCGUAGAUGAUGCGCGUGGUCCAAGUCUUUACUUCCAGGGUAAGGGAGUCUAAAGCUACAGUAGAGGGCAUAGGUUUAAGGUGAGAUGGAAAGAUUUAUAGGGGACUAAGGUGCAAGUUCUUCAGAUACAGGGUGAUGAGUAUAUAGAACAAGCUGCCAGAGGAAGUGGUAGAGGUGGGCACAAUAACAACACUAAAAGACAUUUGGACAAGUACAUGGAUAGGAAAGGUUUAAAAAUAAAGAUUAGCUUUGUCACAUGUACAUCCAAACAUACAGUGAAGUGCGCUGCUCGCAUUAACAGCUAAUGGGUUGUGCUGGAGUCAGUCCACAGGACACAUUCUGGCACCCACAGGGAGGGAUACAAGCCAAAUGCAAGCAAAGGGGACAAAUUACACCAAAUAGGAACCUGAGGGGCAACUUCUUCAUGUAGAGUGUGGCCAGAAUAUGGAAUGAGCUGCCAGAGGCAGGUGCAAUAAUAACAUUUAAAAGAUAUUUGGGCAAGUACAUGGAUAGGCAGGGUUUGGUUCCUGAAGGUUGUUACAGCCAGAGGAGGUAGUGGGGGGAUAAGCUCCCACAAACUAUUAAGUGCUCCAAUGGCAUGUGUCUCAAGACAGCCUCUGACAAACAAGGCCAGCUCCUGGCCUUCACGUGCCCCUUAGCUACUACGACCUGUGGAACCGUUUCCACUGACAGAAGGGGCAAAGGCAGGUUGCUGGCGCCUUAAAACCAGUCACUACAGGCAGGUGGAGCUCGCCAGCUCAUCCAGGAGAAGGAAAACUGAUCUCAAACCUCCACUGUCGGGUUCAGAGGGAUAUGGGCCGAACGCAGGAAAAUAGGACUAGCUUAGGUACGCAACUUGGUCAUCAUGGUCCAGUUGGGCCGAAGGGCCUGCUUUCGUGCUGGAUGACACUGAGGCAUCUGCAGGGAAUCAAAUGCCCCACAAACUGUUAGGCUUAGGGUACUUCUGGAGGAGAGCGGGGUGGAGAGGAAGUGUAGAGGUGAAUGAUGACAUUUUUUUGGGGAAUGAUUGACACCUGUCGGUUGGAGGCCGUCACAGAGGCUGGCCGUGGGGGUAGGGAGUUAUACACGCAAGGGUGAUUAUUUUUAAAAAUCGCAAAAAAAAGCUUUUUCCAAAAAAGAAGAAAAUAAAUGCAGAGUGGCAGAGGGCUUGGUGUGUGUGUUUUAUUUUUAGUAACCCCACUGUUGAGGAAUUACCCUCUCUCCGGGCAUUUUAACGCAGGCGAAAUACGUUCACGUUACGGACGGGGACACGGCCGCUGCCUUGUGUUUUCAGUCGGUUUUCUUGCAGGGAAACGGUCCGCUGGGUUGCAGCGGCGGCGGCCGGGAACCCGUCCGCAAACCGACCGGAGCAUUGCACUAGCCUCCAGCCGCUUCUCCUCCGGCUUGCCCUCUCUCCGUGCAGUUUGGUGCACUCUCCCCCACCGCCACCUUUACAAUCUCCAGUGUGCGGCAUCCGCAAAGAGACGCACGCCGUCGGAGCCGGCCCGUCUCAAGAUGCAAUGAAACGCGCACAAUAGAGCCAGUCCGCAAGCCGGCCGAGGCCUUCCCGUCCCUUCGGACGGGUGUCCAGCGCCUCCCCCGGCAGCUCCGGCUCGUUCAGAGUGCAUUGCAUUCUUUGUGUCAGCACCAGCCCCUCUCGGGCGGGCAGGAGGGAGGAGUUUUACAUUCUAAUACAGCGUCUUUUGCGCGCCCCCAUGUUUGAAUGGGAAAGCAAGAUGGCUGAAAUGCGAGGAAUGUGGUGUGUCCCGUGUCUAGCAUCGUUUGAAAUUCUCCAGGAGAUCUGCCGAACGGAGAAGCUCACUUGCUCUGCCCUGGGGAUCACCAAAAAGGACUUGAAGGAGUACGAGGUGGAAUAUCUGUGCGGAUACAAGAAAGAGAAGGGUAAGGAGUACUACUUUGUGAAGUGGAAGGGUUGGCCGGAGUGCACGAACACGUGGGAACCCAGGAGGCACCUCCGUUGCAUUGGUCUGGUGAAGCAGUUUCAGGAGGACCAGAAGAAAUUCUUGGAGAAAGUGAAAAUGGCAAAGAAACUGAAGUUAAAUAACUGCAAAGAUUUCAAACUGGCGUUCUCAGAAUACAUCACCAAGAAGUCGAAGCAAAGGCUGGCGCUGAGGCGUUGGGAGGAGGAGCUCAACAGAAAGAAGAACCAUCGAGGGAGGAUCCUGGUGGAAAACGAGGUGGAUUUUGAGCCGCCUCCACUGGACUUCCACUACAUCAACCAGUACAAGCCCUCGCUCGGAAUAAACCUCAACAAAGAACCUCUGGUCGGCUGCGAGUGCUUCAACUGCCUGGAAGGGAAGUGCUGCCCGGAGGAAGCCGGGGCCCAGUUUGCUUACAACGCAGAAUCCCGGCUGAAGAUCGCUCCGGGCAAGCCCAUCUUCGAAUGUAACUCUUGCUGUGCGUGCAGCCCCCAGUGUCCCAACAGGGUGGUGCAGAAAGGCACGCUCUACGACCUCUGCAUCUUCCGAACUUCAGACGGGCGAGGGUGGGGCAUUAAAACCCUCCAAAAGAUCAAGAAGAAUAGUUUUGUUAUGGAAUACGUUGGAGAGGUAAUCACCAGCGAGGAGGCAGAGAGGCGAGGGCGUUUCUACGAUAGUAAAGGCAUCACCUACCUGUUCGACCUGGACUACGUGGAGGAUGAGUAUACUGUGGAUGCUGCGAGAUUUGGGAAUAUUUCGCACUUUGUGAAUCACAGCUGUGACCCAAAUCUUCAGGUUUACAAUGUUUUUAUCGAUAGUUUGGACACGCGUCUGCCCAGGAUUGCACUUUUCUCAACACGUACCAUCAAGGCUGGUGAAGAGCUAACGUUUGACUAUCAAAUGAAGGGUUCGGGUGAUGUUUCGAUUACUGAGACCUCCGACGUCAAUGGGCCAACCAAAAAGCAGCGUAGGAUUGAAUGCAAGUGUGGGUCCCUGUCCUGCCGAGGGUUUAUGAACUGAUCAGCAUCCGCGAGGAAGAAACUUUUUUUGUGUGUUUUUUUUUAAAUAAGAGUAUGUGGAUCCUAAAAUGGGAGUUCUUGCAUAAUGACACUUGAGAAGAAGUUGUGUAUACACCAUGCAGGAAAGUGUCAUUCACAUUUGUCCUGGACUUGAGAGCAGGUCUGUGAGAUAGUUUCCUUGGGAGAAAUUGUAUUGAGGCUAGUUGCUUCUAUUUGUGACCCACUGCAAGGCGGGUCACCAAAGCAACAUCCAGGAUUGCUUAGUCCCUGGUGAGGAGUGACCUGCUUUAAAGGGCACUCUCUACAUGAGUAUUGUUCUCAGUUCUGCAGGUUUGAUUUGGAAAUCUUCUGCAAUAAAACCUUCAAAAUUUUUUUUUUGUUUAUUUGGAGGUGCCUAUCCAAGUUUGCUAGCUUGUGUGAGUAAAUCUGGCCACUGCAUAAUCAGCCUGCUUUGUGGAACUCCUUCAAAUUAUUGGCAGAAAAAAAUAAUCCCAUCCUAUAUGACGCAGCAGAAAUUGUGCAAGCAUUUCCUGGGUUGCUCUCCGCUCCAGAUCUCAGGUGUAUUGUUAAGGGGGAAGAGGUGUGUUUAGGGGUAAGUUAUGGCCAAAUAAUUCAGCACCACUUUAUCCUUCCUUAAUGCAAAACAUUUCUUCAUAUCAUGGCAAAUGCUUGCUCUUUAACCCUUCAAAGCAAGAAUAAUUUUUUCAGUGCAUAAUUGAAUGCAACAAAUUAAGAUCAGAACCCCCAAAGCUAUUAAUCUUUUGUUAAAACAUUGCUAUUAAACUAUUAAGUCAAUGCGCCAUGCUAACUGUUUGCAAGCUUGCUUUUAAGGUCAGUCUUGUGACGCCAUCAUGCCUAUGGGUCCCUUUUAUACCGUAGAGAAAAUAUUCUUGAGGUAUUCAAAAAUUCCAGAUGCAUCUUCCGCAUUAAUUCCGGGCGUAUAGUUUUACCUCAUCCAUCACAUUAAGGCCGGACAACAGAAAAUUUGCUAACAGCCGAUGGGAGAAGCAGUUCUGGAAUUAGUUUUGGGAGUGAGAGGGAUAUUUUGCCACUUAGCAUAGCAGUUAAUAAGAAUCUGGGAUUUUUCUUUCUUCGGUAUUAUCCUUUUUAUCGGGAUGCAGGGUUUAAGUCAGCUAAGGCCGUCAUCAAAUCUCCCACUGACCUUUCUGCCAAUAAUUUUUGAUGGAAAAGACAAAUGUCAUGAUCCUUAUUGCAAAAUUCUAUUUUUGUAUUUCUUGGAACUGUUGUGCUUUGGAGAGUGUUCUCUCUUUAAAGCAGCAGUAAUGUACAGUUUGCAGCUUCAGUUUAACUAAGAGGCGUGGCCAAAGAACCACUUGGUGCUAGAUGUGUCACACUUUGUCGUGGCUGCGUGAAUUCCUGAAGUCUCUCGGUUAGAACUGAGUUUCCGAGGUGGACAAUGUUUGACCGCUGCAAUUGAUACCAGAAACCAGCAGUGGACUUUCCACCCUGAUACCUGAAGAUGAAGAACAAUGUUUACAGAAUUAAUUAUUUUGUUUGAUAGUGUGUCGGGCAGGAGGAAUCUCCCUCUGAGCUCAGCCACAGUCCUGCUGACAGUGAUACUUGGGAACUAAUGGAGAUAUAUUAGGUACAUAGAGAAACAGGACAGGAAUUAAGAACAUCUUUGACGAUGCAUUUCUGUGAUUCCUCCCUUUGAAAGCUCACCUUUAAGUAUCAGAGAUUUCUUUACUCUUGCCACAAUGCAGGACAUCCCUGUGGCAGGUAGCGAAGCUGAGGAACUCGUGGAGUGACCCUCCUGAAGAUUUGCCGAAAAUCGCGGGGUUGGGGGGGGGGCAUGGUAGCAUAGCUGUUCAUGCAAUUCCGGCGCACUCCGUUAGCAAGUUUUUACGUUCCUCCGCAUGGGUUUCCUCCAGGUGCUCUGGUUUCCUCCCACAGUCCAAAGAUAUCCCCGUUGGCAGGUUAGUUGUAAAUUGUCCCGUGGUUAGGCUAAGGUUAAAUAGGUGGUGCAACUUGUUGGUCCAGAAGAGCCUGUUCUGUGCUGUAUCUCUAAAAAUUUAAUUAAUUUAAGUUAAAAUCCCGUCCAACAAGUAAAGCAGAAGGCAAGUUCCGCCCUUGUCCCUCUCCCCAAAUCUACAUUCAUCCAAAUUUCUCAUCUUUCAGACAUGAGCAUUGUGGGGAAUUGGCAGGAGGGAGAUUGGCCAUUUGGCAUGCGGUCAGAGAUGAUAUCGAAACAUGACUUGGGGGACUGAUUGCUUUGAAGGGGUAAUGAGACCUCAGAAUGGAUAAAAUAAGUUUGAAUUUUUGUUUUGUGUAGGAUUGUUUCAAGUCUUGUAUACCUCUUUGUACUGAGCUGUGAAUUGCAAAUUGGUGUAGAAUGUUUGCAUAAAAAGAUGAUAAAUGUCAGUGUUUCAAACUGGUCUC